AUGCAAGGAACCAACCGCGUCAAAGCCGUCCUCAAACAGGGCGAACGACCUGCCUUGGGAGUUUGGCAGAUGCUACCUGGUAGCAAUCUAUCUCGCACCUUAGCCCGAGCUGGAUACGACUGGGUCCUGGUGGACUGUGAACAUGGCAACAUUGACGAUGCCGCAAUGCAUGAAGCUAUCCCAGCUAUAACCUCAUAUGGAAGCAGCCCCAUUGUCCGAGUGCCAGACUUUCAGUCCUGGAUGAUUAAACGUGCCCUUGAUGCCGGAGCUCACGGAGUCCUCGCACCUCUGGUGCGCACCGUUGAAGACGCCAAAUCGUUCGUCGAGGCAGGUCGGUUCCCACCACAAGGACGCCGGGGCUUCGGCUCCCCAUUCCCAAUGGACCGAUUUGGUCCGAACGUUACAGCCACUCAGUAUCUAAAGGAAGCAAACGAGAACAUUCUUCUUUCUGUUCAAAUUGAGACGCAAGAGGCCCUGGAAGCGGUUGAUGAGAUCGCAGCUAUUGAUGGGCUUGACUUAUUGUUUGUUGGUCCCUUCGAUCUUGGUAACAAUAUCGGGUACCCUGUGGAGGGUGCUUUUGCCCCGCAGCUUGAACAGGCUAUUCAAAAGAUCCUUGCUUCGGCUCACGCGGCUGGUAAGAAGGCGGGCAUUUUCUGUAGCAGUGGUGCCCAGGCGAAGAAAUAUGUUGAUAUUGGGUAUGAUUUUGUCAAUGUCAUUACUGAUGUGGGGGCUCUUUCUUCGUCUUUGUCCAGCGAGAUGGAGAUAGUCACUCAAAAAGCUGGGAAGACUGUUUCUGGGCCUUAUGGCAGUUAA